UUCGUUUAUUUUGAACGAAUCACUCGCGAACGACACAUCACUAGUGGAGACGGUUGUUGUUGUUUUUCAUGCAAGAAAGUGCUUAGAAAAGUACCGAAAUCAGAGUGGGAAAAUGGGAACAAGAGAUGACGAUUACGACUACCUAUUCAAAGUUGUGCUGAUUGGAGAUUCUGGAGUGGGGAAGAGCAACCUGCUGUCUCGAUUCACAAGAAAUGAGUUUAACCUGGAGAGCAAGAGCACCAUAGGGGUGGAGUUUGCCACCCGCAGCAUCCAGGUGGACGGCAAGACGAUAAAGGCUCAGAUUUGGGACACGGCUGGACAGGAACGCUACAGAGCAAUCACCUCAGCGUAUUACCGGGGCGCAGUUGGUGCUCUUCUGGUGUACGACAUCGCCAAACACCUAACGUAUGAGAAUGUAGAACGCUGGCUCAAGGAGCUGAGGGACCACGCUGACAACAACAUUGUCAUCAUGCUGGUUGGAAACAAAAGUGACCUCCGACACCUCAGGGCGGUGCCCACUGAUGAGGCUCGGGCCUUUGCAGAAAAGAACACUCUCUCCUUCAUUGAAACCUCGGCCCUGGACUCGACAAAUGUAGAAGAAGCCUUUAAGAACAUUCUGACAGAAAUUUACCGUAUUGUAUCUCAGAAGCAAAUAUCAGAUCGAUCUGGUCAUGACGAUUCUCCAGGCAACAAUGUCGUGGACAUCAGUGUGCCUCCAACCAUGGAUGGGCAGAAGGGCAACAAACUGCCCUGUUGUCAAGGCAUGUGAUUUUUUUCUGUCAUACUGUUUUACCCCAGCUGUCAGAACAAUAUCUUCAUCGGUUCUGAAGUCUACGAUUCAAAACUUUCGGAGGUGACAUUCCUUUUUGUUGGUCUUGUUGUCAUUUGUUUGCCUUUUGUCCUCUGAGGUAAGCGAAGGCUAAAGGUUCGUGUAACUGUAUGUGCUCAUUUAAUCCAUUACAAGGACACUGUGUUUCCUCUUUUGAGGGGGUGAUUACAAAGCUGUUGUGAACAUUGACUUCCUUUUCAUAAAGUGGCGUUAAUGGUCCUAUUGAUCCACUCCUGUUGAAGGAGUGAUGAGGGAUUAGCUGGCCUUGUGUUGUCACUGCUCCAAGGGGAUUCUGUUUUCUUUUUUUUUCUCAGCAUGCAAUAACACCGUGUCUCCCGCAGCAUCUUUUUAAGGGGACUUUCACUUCAUCUCCCAUUGACCCGAUUCUGUCCAUCAUACAAUACUAAUGUAGAGAAAAGGUGAGAAGCAGGUUGGUGCAUCAAUCAUUUGGAGUACGUGCUUCGUGUUAAGGUUCUUGUUGCCUUCUCAGUGUCAGGAUCUUCUUUCAAGCCCUUUGCCGGUGUGGCAAUAAAUCAGCACGAGCCAGCAACCAGACUGCCUGUGAUUGUUUGAUUUAAUGUGGGCUGAUGUGAAACAAAUCAAGUGUUUUUCUGCAUGUUUUUUUUUUUUGUUUCGUUUUGUUUAUGUGUGUUAAUCAUAUUGAUAAAAAAUUGCAGUGAUACCAAAGAAGAAAAAACAGCAGUGUAUCAGAUUUAGGUUUCCUCAUUUAUCAUAUUGAAGGCUGCUAUGUGUGGUGAUGAUUGUUAAUGCUAGAAAAAUAGAAAUAAAAUGCUGUUAGGCAAAGGGUUUGUUUAAAAAAACAAUUGUGAAAAUAUGUGAUGAAACCACAUUAACCUGGUUAGAACCAGCCCGGUGUCUAGGUCAGGUGGAACUCGUACAGCACGCAGGCACAAAAUAAAAAAAAAUAUAUACUUGCACUUGUCCAAAAUCUUCAGUGGAACUUAUCACCUUAUAUUUUUAAUGCACUUGAUUGUUUUUUUUUUUCUUAUCAGUUAUAGCGAAUGUUUGUGCUGGUUGACAUCUAUUAAAGGAGAAUGGAUAAAGCUGUGUUUUUCACUGAGAAGCAGUUGUUUGUUGGCAGUGUAACUGAACAUGACAAAUGGAAAGUGUUUACAGACAGUUUAUGUUUGACUGAACUCCAUCGUGUCUGUUGGUGACAUUUCACAGAGGGCAAACUGAGAUUGUUUUGCUACCUGAUGCACAAAAAUGACUGAUGCCUAAAUAAAAUCUUAUUCACAGA